AUGGUGUUCUUCACGUGUGAUGCGUGCGGAGAGUCUCUGAAGAAGGCACAGGUCGAGAAGCACGUGUCUCACUGCCGGAAUUGCCGCGUUUUGUGCUGCAUAGACUGCGGGAAAGAUUUCUGGGGAGACGACUACAAGAGCCACGUGAGGUGCAUCAGUGAAGAUCAGAAAUAUGGAGGAAAAGGGUUCGAGGCCAAAGCAAACAAAGGCGACGUGAAGCAGCAGCAGUGGCUUCAGAGGGUACACAUGGCCCUGUCCAGACCCGGCUUGAGCUCCAGUCUGCAGAAUGUCCUGCAGCAGGUCUCCGCGUACGACAACGUCCCAAGGAAGAAGGCCAAGUUCCAGAACUGGAUGAGGAGCAGCCUCAGGAUCAACAGCUCCUCCUUACAAGAGCAGGUGUGGGACAUCCUGUCUGCAGAGGCCGAGAAGGACACGCCCCCUCUCCAACAGACCACGCCCCCUCCUCAACAGAUCACGCCCCCACAAACCACACAACAAAAACACACAAAUGGCGAGAUUGAAAAUGGAGCAAAAAACACAAAAAAACCAAAACUGAACAAGCAGGAGCGCAGAGAAGCGAGACGCAACGGGGCCAAGAAGGACCAGGCCCAAGCCCAAGACCAGGACUUAAACCAGGACUCUGACUCUGCUCUGAGGAAGAAGGAGCGCAAGAGGAAACACAGACAAGACCAAAACAACGAAACAGAAACCAAAAAAGCCAAGACUGAAGAUGAGAUGACAGAAGACCCAGAGGAGGAGGAGGAGCAGCAGGAGGAACAGGAGGAGGCAAAGGCCAAAGGAAAGUUUAACUGGAAGGGGAACAUCAGAGCUCUGCUGCGAGAGACUGACGACCAGGAGCUGUCUGUGAAGAAACUGCGCAAAAAGGUGCUGGCUGCGUACUACUCCUUCAGCGCAGACUCCAAUCAUAAAUCACAAGAGGAAGUUCUGGCUCUUUUCAACAAGAAAAUCAACAAUAAUCCCAAGUUCAGAGUUUUGAAAGACAAACGAACGCAAGUGCGAGACGAACGCAAGUGCGAGACGAACGCAAGUGCGAGACGAACGCAAGUACUGCGAGACGAACGCAAGUGCGAGACGAACGCAAGUGCGAGACAAACGCAAGUGCGACACCAAACGCAAGUGCGACACCAAACGCAAGUGCGACACCAAACGCAAGUGCGCAAGUGCGACACCAAACGCAAGUGCGACACCAAACGCAAGUGCGACAACAAACGCAAGUGCGACAACAAACGCAAGUGCGACAACAAACGCAAGUGCGACAACAAACGCAAUGCGUCCAAAACGCAAGUGCGUCCCAAAAACGCAAGUGCGUCCCAAAACGCAAGUGCGACACAAUCGCAAGUGCGACACAAUCGCAAGUGCGAGACGAACGCAAGUGCGAGACGAACGCAAGUGCGAGACGAACGCAAGUGCGAGACGAACGCAAGUGCGAGACGAACGCAAGUGCGAGACGAACGCAAGUGCGAGACGAACGCAAGUGCGAGACGAACGCAAGUGCGACACCAAACGCAAGUGCGACACCAAACGCAAGUGCGACACCAAACGCAAGUGCGACACCAAACGCAAGUGCGACACCAAACGCAAGUGCGCAAGUGCGACACCAAACGCAAGUGCGACACCAAACGCAAGUGCGACAACAAACGCAAGUGCGACAACAAACGCAAGUGCGACAACAAACGCAAGUGCGUCUCGCCGCAAGUGCGUCCCUAA